AUGUCAGAUUGCCAUUAUUAUUAGAAAUUUGGAAUUAACCAAUCUAUUUUUAAUAGUGAACCAUUAAAAUAGCUUACUCCAAUUUUAAAAGAUUCUCGUUCAGCUUCAGAUGAUAUAAUUAUUCGCAAAGAUAGUUAUGGGAAUGUAAUUAUGCGUGGAAAUAAGUAGCACAAAAUAUAGUUCAGAGAAUAAAAUGAAGUAUUUGUAGGUAUUUAAAUUUAAUUUAUAAAAUAGUUGACAAUUGGAAAUAAUACAAUACAGACAUGACUAAUAAAGAAUCUCCUUGUGUCUGUCAAAUAAUUUGACUUUUAUAUAUAAUUCAUUUUUUGCAAACUUAUGGUUAUUUUUUAUUCUUUUUAUUUAUUAGAAACUUUUUACUUUUUAAAUAAAAUUCAAACUAAUAAAUUUAGAAUCAAUUUAAUCAUAUAAUCUAUUUUUUAAUGGAAUAAAAUAUGUGUGUUUUAUAUAAGGUAUAGGAUUUAAUAUAAGAUUGUCAUUUAUAAAUUACAAUUAUUUGAAUUCAAUAUUAUAUAUAUUAAAUCAAAUUUCGAGAAUAUGUCUUAAUAAAGACGACCAAGUAGUUAACAGAAAAUGUAAUAGAAUAUUGUAAAAAGUUAUAAAAUGUUAGACCUAAUCAAUUAAUAAUUUGAAGACUCAAUUAUAAUAAUAGAAAUAACACAGAUGGUCAGAAUAAAAAAUGAAUAAAGAACUUUUCGAUUUCUUAUCAUAAAUAAAUUUACAACAAUAUUAUGGAAAGAUAGCUUAACAUUGUGAUGGGAAUUUAUAAUCAUUGAUUAAUAUGAAGUAUAUUAUUGAUUUUAAUAAUAAGAUCAACGAAAGAUAUAAAGGAUUUACCAUUUGGAUAUCAAAUUAAAUUAUAGGUAUAAAGACUUGAUUAAAAUUGAGAAAGCGAUUGAGAAGAUGUCUAAAGAAACAGGAAAUAAAAUAUCCAAAAUAGAAUAGAAAUUAUAAAAUGAUCAAAAAGAAUGUUGUUGGAUUUGCUUUUAAUUGAUAUUUGAAAGUAUAGAUUGUUAUGGAAAGAAAAUGUGUUCUGAAAAAUGUAAAUAAGUAUAUUUGAAAGAGAUCUAAGUAAACAAGGCUUAAUUAACUUAAGAUAAAUUGUAUGAGAUGUGGAAAAGUUAAAAACAAAUAUGAAGCAAUUAAUUCAUAUGGAGAAUGGUAUUGUUAAUAAGAAUGUGUUUAUACUGAGG